UUAGUCCUGAGCCCAGGGGGUGUCCUCUCCUUCCCUCAGGGACGAGUCCUAUGCACAUGGCCCUGUGUGCCUGAUGUCAGGGGCAGGGAAUGAGGCCCACAUUUCCCUGAGGGGAGGUCCAGGCAGCCCCGGGUGGCACCUCCCAAGCUACUAGGCACUAGCUUCUCGGAGCUCCACCCUGGGGAGCGUGGAGGAGCUGGUGGAUGGAUUCACCUCCUCCAUCUCCCUAGACCUGGGGCAGGCUGUCUACACCCAGGACCCCGUUCCAAACCUGGCAACCUGCCAGGGCCCUCCCAGGGCUUCCCCACGAGAGUGGUCGACAGUCCCACUCCAGAGGGCCUGGAACCUCAUUCCCUGGGGGCACCCCUUCCCUCUCCUUGAUCACACCCCAGAGGGCUGGGGACUCUCGGGUGAGUUGCAAACCUCCCUCGUCCUGGUGGUUCCCGGGUUUCCCGCUGACGAUAGGCCCCCUGCCCCCUUCAGCAUGAAGAGGAGUCAACUCUCCGUGGAAAUAAGAAAUGGAGAAUGAGGACAGCACGAGAGACCCCUGUGCUGGAGCUACAGCCGGUGUCACCUGCUUCAGCCCUGGGGCCCGGAGCACCUGCUGGAAUGGCACCGGGCCUGGCAGAGCCAGCGCCAGGUCCAGAGCCCACCAGCCCCUGUGCGGCGAGCAUCUGGGACAUACCGGGAGUGGUCUCGGGCCCCGAGGUGGAGCCCCAUGAGCCUUCAGAACCCAGCAGGCCUUCCCCCAGCCCUGGGAUGAGACCGGCUAGGCGCCAUGCCUGGGAGCCCGAUGAUGUGACCAGCAUCCUCCAUGGCAGCCAGCUUUCAUCCAUCCCAGAGGGCCAAGCCCUCCACCACUUGGUCGAGAAGAAGCACCUGGGGCCCACUGUGGCAGAGCUGGAAGAACCACGGCAGACGCAGCUGGCUCCAGAGACACAGGGAGGGCCGGCUUCAUGGCUAGAGCCAGUUCAGGAGCUCCCUGAGACCCCUGUGCUGGAGCUACGGCCGGUGUCACCUGCUUCAGCCCCUGCAGAGCCAGAGGACAUCCCAGCAGCGCCCUCAGCCCCAACGCUGAGCCCUGAGCUUGAGCCCCAUGAGCCCUCGGGCACGGGGCCCAGGGCACCUGCUGGAAUGGCACCGGGCCUGGCAAAGCCAGAGCCAGCUCCAGAGUCCAUCCUCCCGGCAUUCCCCCCCCGUCUGGUGGCCGAGCAGCUGACUCUGAUGUAUGCAGAACUGUUCACCAAGGUGGCAGUGGCCGACCGCAAGACCCGCUGCAGGAGCCAGUCAUACAACGGAAACGUUGAGCACCUGGCCCCCGCCGUCAAUAAGAUCAUAAAAGAAUUCAAUGACGUAGCCAACGUGGUCAUCUGCUCCUGCCUCAGGGCCCCAGGCAUGACGGCGCGGGACAGGGCCCGAGUGGUAGAGUUCUGGAUCCAGGUGGCCAAGGAGUGUCUGGACCUCGAGAAUUUUGCGUCCCUCCACGCCAUUCUCUUGGCCCUGCAGAGCCCUGCCAUCAGUCGUCUGCAAUGCACCUGGGGACGUGUUUCCUGGAAGAGCUCCAGGAUACACAAAAGGCUUAUCAAAGAGAAGUGGCUCAACCAGAAGUGGCUCCUCAAGGAGGCGACCUCCAUGGUGACGCAACAGCAUCGUUUCCUCCAGGGAUCCGAGGAUAGGCAGGAGGAAAGUACCAUCAUACGUGAGAGGCUCAUAGACAAGUACGUGGCCAUGACGCGUCACCUAGAACCCGAGGAGCACUUCAGAGCCUUCUUCCAGGCUGUGGAGCCCCUGGAUGAGGAAGAGAGCUACACCCUGUCCUGCCAGCUGGAGCCCCCAGGCCAGAGGGCCGGAAGAAAGGGACUCUUGUUCUUCAGGUCCCGCAACAUUUAAACUUAGUGGCCAGAGCCAGCUGCUGUCAUCGGGCCCACGACCCAGCUGGUACCCUGGCUGCGUGCGGAGGAGAGCUUCCCCUUUGGACAGGAGGCACCCGGCGCCCCAGGACCCUGGUCUGCUUGCUGCUCCUCUUCCUCCCAGUGCUCAUCCUGAGCCUCAUCUGAGGCAGAUGCUCUUGCACCUCUUCCAUCACCAGACUUGGGCAGCUUCCCAGGCUGCUGCUGCAGGCUCAAGGACCCGUACGUAGCUGCAGCCAAUGGAACAGACUGGAGAGCCCAGAUAUACAUCCAAGUAUAUAUAUGGUCAAUUAAUAUAUGAUAAAGCACCCAUGGACACACAAUGGGGAAAUGACAGCUUCUUCAACAGCUGGUGUCCGCAAAUUGGACAGCUACGUGCAAGAGAACGAAACUGAAUUACUGUCUAUCCCCAUACACAAAAGUAAACUCGAAAUGGAUCAAAGACCUGAAUGUAAGUCAUGAAACUAUAGAUCUCUUAGAAGACAACAUAGGCAAAAAUCCCCUGAAUAUCAGCAUGAGCACCUCUUUUCUGAAUGCAUCUCCUCGAGCAAGGGAAACAAAAGCAAAAAUGAACCGAUGGGACUACAUCAAACUUAAAAGCAUCUGUACAGCAAAGGACACCAUCGACAGAACAAAAAGGCAUCCUUCAGUAUUGGAGUAUAUAUUUGUUAACGACACAUUCGACAACGGGUCAACAUCUAAAAUAUAUAAAGAACUCACAAGUCUCAACACCCAAAAAGCAAAUAACCCGAUUAAAAAAAUGGGAUAGGAACAGAUAAUUCUCCAAAGAAGAAAUUCAGAUGGCCAACAGGCACAUGAAAACAUGCUCCACAUCACUAAUUAUCAGGGAUAUGCAAAUAAAAACCACAAUGAGAUAUCACCUCAUA